AUGUCGCGCCGAGACCGCUCGACGUCCACCAGUCGGUCGAGAGACUUACCGCCCUCCUGGUCGACCUGGCUCGCCGACGCCAACGACGCGCUCGUCGCCAAGGGCGUGGACAGAGCGCUCAGACCAAUUUCACCAACCGAAGACGCGUCGACUUUCACCGCGCGCGUCGACGCGCUCGAGCGAUUCCGAGCGAACGAGAGUGAUUUAGGCGAGUCUGUAGACGCUCCGGGGCCGUCACGGCGGGCGACGUCGUUCAGUUCGAACGAUUACUUGGGGUUGGGGACGCACGCGCGGACGCGGGCGGCGGCUUCGCGCGCGGCGGCGCGUUUCGGAUGCGGACCUCGGUCGUCGGCGCUGAUAUGCGGGUACACCGAGUGGCAUCGUUCGUUAGAGGUUGAGCUCGCGAAGUUAUGCGAGACGGAGGAGUGCUUGCUGUUUCCGACGGGAUACGCCGCGAACUCGACGGCGCUGCAGGCGCUGUGCGGCGAAGCGGAGUGCGCGAUAUUCAGCGAUGCGCUGAAUCACGCGUCGAUCGUGGACGGGUGUCGAUUAGCGAAACAGGGUGGAGCGAGCGUGCACACGUUCUCUCACAAGGAUUACGACGAGCUUGAGCGGGCGUUGAGAGCGUGUGACGCGAAGAGGAAGGUUGUCGUGAGCGAUAGUUUAUUUAGCAUGGACGGCGAUUACGCCGACGUCGAUAGAUUAGUCGAGCUUAGGCGAGAGUACGGGUUUUUACUCGUCUUAGAUGAGGCACACGCGACGUUGGUGUGCGGCGAUCGAGGCGGGGGCGUGGCGCAGGCCAAGGGGCGGUGCGCCGACGUGGACGUGCACGUCGGCACACUGAGCAAAGCCGUCGGCGCGCACGGUGGAUUCGUCGCGUGUUCGCGAGCGAUGAAGCUCUUCUUGGUUUCACGAGCGCGGGGACAGAUGUUCAGCACGGCGUUGCCCGCGCCCGCGAUCGCGGCCGCGAUCGAGAGCCUUAAAGUGUUCACGGACGAACCGUCCAUUCGCGCCAAGCUCUGGAGCAACGUCGACCGCAUGAAUGCGGCGAUCGCGAGUCAUCCGAUAUUAGCGUCAAUGACGCGCCCGUUAGAGAGUCCUAUCGGGUGCGUCAUCAUCGGCACCACCGACGACGCCCUGGCGGCGGCGUCUGAGCUCUCACGAGCGGGAUUCCACGUUCCGGCGAUUCGUCCGCCGACGGUUCCCGCCGGCACGUGUAGGCUUCGCAUCGCACUGAGCGCCGCGCACUCGCACGAUGACAUCGACGCCCUGGCGUGCGUGCUCGCUCAAGCGGUCGAGCGCGCGCGUCGUCCUCGAUCGAGACUGUGA